CUCGGAAGUUUAUUAAAAUAUUCCGUUUAAAAGUCCACCAUCAAAUUGUGACCAUUUCUUAUCACAUUAACGAGAAUAACCAAGCGUCCCGACGCAGGUUUAUACAGUGUUUCCUUUUAAUUUAGCAAAGCGGUGUACAAGAGUUCAAAGGAAAACUAAAGUAGGAGCCGAACCCUCCUAUGUGGUUCUACAGUACAUAUUGUGAAGUGGACUUGUAGACCUCGUGUGUAGAAAUGGGCUUCAUUUACUCGGUGCGCAUUUAUAGCAAUCUGUGCAGAGUACUCGCACCAGUAAAUUAGCCUCGUAGAAGAGUUUCCUCGUCAAGAUGCGGGAGAGAACUACUGUGAUCCCCUGCUCAGCAGUGGGGAUCUAGUGAAAUAACAAAAACAACCUAUGAGAGAAGAAGCACAAGGUUUUUCUUCAAAUCACUAUUCCUGGGUAGGAUAAUCAUAUGAAAGUUAUCAAUCCGAGCCAUCUUAUAUAGGACUUAGUGUUGAUUCGAAGGGACAAGAUCCCUGCCUUAAUUCUACUUUUCUAAUAUUCUCAAUUUUUGAGAAUACACCACGUAACGUUUUACUAUUAAGACUCGGUUGUCCUCCUGAAAAUCGCUGGAACGAUUAUUCUAUUGUGACUGUGAGUGGUGAAAAUUCUAUUGCAAGCAAGAAAGGCACUAAACGAAGAUGUCGUUCCUAUCAAAUCUUAAGAAAGCAUUCCACUUCGGUGGCAAUGACGCCAAGAAGAAGAAGCUGUACAAUAACAUCAAGAUGGACUGUAGUCCUGAAGAAUUUUGGGAGAUGAUAGGUGAACUUGGUGAUGGUGCCUUCGGAAAAGUUUACAAGGCACAACACAAGCAAACUCAGCAGCUGGCUGCUGCAAAGAUGUGUGCCCUGGAGGGUGAAGAUGAUCUCAGUGAUUUCAUGAUUGAGAUCGAUAUACUAUCAGAAUGCAAACAUCCUAAUGUUGUUGAGCUCCACGAGGCAUACUUUAUGGAAGGAAAACUGUGGAUGCUCAUCGAAUACUGUGACGGAGGGGCUUUGGACUCUAUAAUGGUAGAACUUGAAAAAGCUCUAACAGAACUUCAAAUAGCUUACGUAUGUCAGCACAUGACUAGGGGUCUUACAUUUCUUCACAAAGCCAAGGUCAUUCACAGGGAUUUAAAAGCAGGCAAUGUUCUCCUGACAAUGGCUGGUGGCGUUAAGUUGGCGGACUUUGGCGUCUCUGCUAAGAACAAGCACACACUUCAGAAGCACGACACCUUCAUCGGCACGCCAUAUUGGAUGGCGCCAGAAGUUGUCCUCUGUGAGACCUUCAGAGACAAUCCAUAUGACUUUAAGGUCGAUAUUUGGUCCCUUGGCAUCACCCUGAUAGAAUUCGCCCAGAUGGAACCACCGAAUCAUGAGAUGUCACCGAUGAGGGUGUUGCUGAAGAUCCAGAAGAGUGAACCUCCCAAGCUGGACCAACCUGGAAAAUGGAGUAAGGACUUCAAUGACUUCAUCGCCAAGGCACUGAUAAAAGAUCCAUCCUCGAGACCGACUGCCGAGGAACUUCUGAAGCAUCCGUUCAUCAACAGAACUCUCGACUCAAAACCCAUACGCGAUCUUCUACUGGAGUAUAAAGCCGACGUCGUCGAAGAGGAGCUUGUCGACGAGGAUGCCGAGAAGGCCAAAAAGGCGAAAAAACACAGAGAACAGUAUCAGCGUAUCGAAUUUGGCUGUGCAUGCGGCUCACCCGGGCCUCGCCAGCCCCAUCACCCGUGCGAUUGUCAGGAGCAGCGCACGUCGCAGCUACCCCUGGAGCUGGACCAACUCGGAGAUGACUCUGCAUCUAUGCGCAGCGACACUGAUGUUAAGAUCAUGGAGAAGGAAAGUGUUGUUGUGUCGCCCGUGUCUCCGAAGCGCGAGGAGAGUAACAAGCGAGAGAUCAAUCGGGAUGGUGAAAAGGAAGAGAGGAACAAGAAAUUGCGCAAAACUGAAUCCAGGGAGAAUAUACCUGGAUUCGUCGAAAAGAAGCAACAGGCACCCAAACCACCAGUUCCAAGCGAAACGAACGAGCGACGAAUAUCGAGAGAUAAGGGUCCUGCGCCGCCACCGCCAGGAAGACAAGAUAGCAAGGGCGAAGAGAAAGAAAACAUUCCAAAGACUAUUGAGAAACCCAGUGCCAUGGAAGUAGUGGACAAAACAAGGAACGUCAUCGAGAAGCAAGAUAAGCCGAACAAGCUGGAACGUCUCAACGGCGAGAAGAAACCCUUGGAGAAACAAUCCAGCCAGGAGAAUGCUAUAUCCUUGGAAAAGAGGAAGGACACACCAGAUAAAGAUAAGGGGGCUGGUGUCAGAACGAAAUCCUUCGAGGAAAAACAAAAUUCUACGGAGCGACAAGGUAACGGUGACGAGAAACGGAAAUCUGCACCGAUCAAACUGGAACCGGAAGACACGAAGAAACCCGUCAUCAGCAAACAGGCAUCAUUAGAGGAAAAGAACAGGUACGAUCGGAAAUCAUCGGUGGAAGAAAGACCCAGAUACGAGAAACAAAAAUCCGACGAGAGUCGAAGGAGCCUUGAAGAGAAACGUAAAUCCGUCGAGGAGAAACUGAACGCCGUUCUCGAGAAGAGGAUUUCAAUGGACUCGAGUAAAAGAAUAAGCGACGCCUCCAUAGACACUCUGAAAAGAUCCUCGGAUUCCAGUAAUGCUCAGGGAUUUUCGGAAAAGUCCUCCGUCAAGUCGAACUCCACUGAGGACAUCAAAAGCGAUUUUGGUAUAUCGAAGACUGAGAGCCUCGCUAAGAGUCGCAGCGAAGGCUCCUCGAGGAACGACUCCUUGGAGAACUUCUCCGAAGAGUUCGUUGCCAAGACUGGUAAUAAAAAGUGGCUCGUCGGCGAAAGAACUCAGGAAGAUACCGUAGACAGGAGCGUCGACAGGGAACGUCGUGAUUCCGGCGUUAACGUAUCUGUCAUAACCUCGACACCCAUCCGGAGCAGAAGUGUCUCCAGGAGCGGUAGUGGCGAUAAUAUCGUUGUAAUUACUGGAAAAUCCCAACCGGACCAAGAUAUCCGUCUUAACACGUCAACGGUGAGAAUAACGUCAGACUCCCCGGACCCUUCAAACAGUCUAGCCAGUAACGUCAGCCAAGUAACUGUGGUGACGACUCAUCCUCCAGUGUUGAUCGACGCCGCUUCGACACCCCCACCACGUAGACCUUCGCCAACGUCCGAAGUGGUGAUCGUAGCCAACGAGACAAACAAGACUCAAGUGAACGAGAGUUCCACUGACGACGAUGGCUUCCCCAGUCUUGACAGUCUGGAGUACGUACCCCAGGAACAGGCCAUCGUCAUCGCCGAUACCCCGAAGAGAAUCGGCAAGAAGCUGGACGAGUCCGAGGUCGUGAUAGUGAGUCCGAUCUUGGACGAGUUACAGGAUACUAGUCACGUAUCUGUCGUCACGGUUGGCGACGAUAAGGAACAGGUCAAGGAUUCCUCGAUGAUGGCGAAAACUAAUGUCGCCAGGACAGGAUCAUCGCACAGCGAUAUUAGUUCGACGGAGAGAUCAAGUUCCAAGAGCGAUAGUGGAGAUGAGAUUAAUAAAAUGGGUAUGACCGUUGCUGGUACCACGCUGGAGUCUACUGACGUAGACGAAAUCGUCGAGCGCAACUCCACCAAGAUGAAUGGUCAGGUUCGUCGAGAGAACGACAGAGUACCUAAGCUUUCUAAGCAGAAAGAGAGUGUAAAGGCACUCAAGGAGAAGAGAGUAUCUCCGGAUAGUUAUGAAGGAUCCAGGUCACAUAGCGAUUCUGGUUCCACCAGGUCUCAUACUCCUAGCAAAAGUAUAGAUAGAUCCGAUGCUGAAUCGAUUUCUACGACAAUAAGCCAGGACAGUCGAGAAUCCAAUAAAGAAAAUCAUAUAGGCAGAGAAUCCAGGCAAUCUUCUGAAAUUGAUGAUGAGGUCGUUCUCAGGAGAAAACCUGAUUACAAUCGUGAGAUUCCCAGGCCAACGAGAACGAAGGAAGAUAUACAGAUGAUGAAUCUGAAAAAGAAGACGAGAAAGCGCACUAGGAAGUUUGAAAUUGACGGUGUCGUUGUAACCACGACGACAUCCAAGGUCAUCUACGGGGACGACGAGAACGGCAAGGUGUACGACGACCAGAUAUUCCGGAAGCAAGAACUUCGUGAACUGAAGAUGCUUCAGAAGAUGGAGCAAAAGCAAUUCCAAGACCUAUCUCAAAAGGCGCAAUUUAAUAAGGACCAGCAGGAGAAGAAAUUCGAGCAGGAACGACAAGUGCUAGAACGUGGUGCGGAGAGUGACCUAGAGACCCUGGCUCGUCAACAGAGACAGCAAAUAGAACGUGCGGAGGCUCAGCAAGAAGCAGACCUCCGACUAGCUUCGAAGAAGAUCCGCAGCGAACAAGAACGUGAACUAAAACAGUUCAGGGAAGGUCUGAAACAAGAGCUGCGACUUUUGAAGCAAGAGGUGGACCUGAUGCCGAAGGAGAAGAGGAAGAGCGCUUUCAAGACACGCAAGGAGAAGCUAGAAGCCGAGCACGAAGAACGCGAGAAGUUAUUCCUGGAAAAGCUAAACGAAAGUCAUGAGACAUCCUUGCGCAGACUCUCCGACAGUCACCGGGAGAAGAUAGCCCUGAUGGAGAGGCAGUUCCUCCAACAGAAGCAGCAGCUGAUGAGGGCACGGGAAGCUGCCAUCUGGGAACUAGAGGAGCGACAAAUUCAUGAGAGACAACAAUUAUUGAAGAGACAGCUCAAGGAUAUGUUCUUCCUCCAGCGACACCAAAUGCUGAUCAGGCACGAGAAGGAGUUGGAGCAGAUGAAGAGGAUGAACCAGAGGAAGGAGGAGGAACUUAUAAAGAGGCAAACUGCUGAACGUCGUAACUUGCCUAAGAGGAUUCGUAACGAGAUGAAAGCCAGGGAGAUGAUGUUCCGAGAGUCGAUGCGCAUAUCCAUAAUAUCUUCUACGCUAGCCUCCGACCCGGAUGCCGAGAGAGAGAAACUGAAGAAGUUCCAGGAGAACGAGAAAAAAAGAUAUCGUGCUGAACAACAACGCUUCGAAUUAAAACACGCCAGACAGUUAGAGGAGGUUAGGGCACAGAGUGACGCCACCAUAAAAGAACUGGAACAACUUCAAAAUGAGAAGAGGAAAAUGCUGAUGGAGCAUGAGACGAUGAAGCUCAAGGAACAGGAAGAAGCGUACACGAAGGAGCUCAGAGAAUGGAAAGCACAAUUAAAGCCACGUAAACAGAGACUGGAGGAGCAAUUCGCUCUGCAAUUAGAAGAGCAAGAAGCAAUUUAUGGACCCAGCGCAAUACCACUUUGCCUCCCACCGGAUCUACCGGAUCUGACGCAUCAUACUGCAGGCUCGACGCGAAGUUCACUUUCAUCCGUGAGCGAGGGUUAAGGAAAACGUCACAGUCUACGAUGAUUGCUCGAGAUAGUGAGAACAUGGAUUUCAAGAUUGUAGAGGAGCAAAAUAGUCGUAUUACGGAGAAACACGAAGAAGCUCUGGCGCAAAGCAAACGGAAAGGAAGAAAAUGGAGCGAGAAAGAGAGAGAAAGAAUGAUAAACAUAAAAAAAGACACGCAGAAGACAAGGACGAAAUCGCGACAUUUCCCUCGACGAAGGAUAAACUGUGAUCUUCUUCGUUUGUAUUCUUGCUCGUUUUGUUAAUCCGGGACGCCAGGCCUGGAGGAUUUACAUAGGCCAUUACCAUCGUAUCUCGAUCAAGCUCUUAAGUAUCCUUAAAAAGCUAUCUUGUCGAGGGUCCUGGUAAUUGCCUAUAUGGAGAAACACUUUGCUAUUCCAGCCACGUUAUUUGUACAUAGCGCAACGUUUCUUACACGAACGUUUACAAUCGCGAAAAUAUAUAUAUAUAUACACAUAUACAUGUGUAGUAUAUAUUGGUACCAUCCAUACCGUUCUUUCAUACGGCCAAUACAAUAUUCUCUACGUCGAUUAUAUAGAAGUUCGUAUACACUGUUAUAUAAAUGUUAUAUAAUGAUGAGAAGCGAAGGGGACAAUUAUUGCCGUUGCGUUAUCAGAUCAACAAUUGAUAUAGUCCAUCUUGGCAUGCCUUGUACGAUAGCUCAGUGUAGGUUCUUCUGUAUCCCUAAGGAAAAUAAUUUACAUAAGCACAGGAAAGAGGGAAGGAAUGAAAAAAGAGGAACAGAGUGGUCGGUAAAUCGAUUUUUGAUUUCUUGCCUUGUAAAUUAUAAACAAACAUAAAAUUGAUAAAAAAAGAGGAUCCAACGCGUCGAUUCGAUGAUAUUACGUGAAGAAAAAAGACAAGGAGAACGCCGAGGAGCUAUCGAUUGACGCUCCAGUGGGAAAUAAAUGAUUAAUUCUAUUAACCAUAUAUUAAUUGUAGAAUGAAAGUAAAUUGCGCUAAUGCUCGUGCACAUGAAAGCGUACGGUAUAUAUUUUACAUACAACGAUCGCACUAGGAAUCAAAAGUCAACACCAAAUACGUAUCGGGACGUGGGCUUAAAUUCGCGCCUUAUAUUCCUAAUUAGUCGCCAAGCCGAAUAUUUUGCUUGUUAUUGUUUUCUUUUUUUUCUUCUUCGAGAGAAUCUCAUUUCUAGUUUUCUUUUUUUUUUUCUUUUUUUCUUUUCUUUUGGAUGGCUACCCAUCUCAGUCUUUCUUUUUUCUUUAAUCGCGUUUCCAAUUAUAAGGAGAGCAAUCAUCCUGGAAUGAUCUUAUCGAUACCCAUCCAAAGCUUUAAAGCUGCUUCUCACUGUACAUAGAGAAAUGAGAAUUAAACUGCGAGACUCUAAGUACUUCUGCACUUACGCUAAAUCGUCUAAGGACGACGGAAAAAGAAGAAAGAACAAAAAACACUUGCCAAAGUUCGUCGUUCUUUCACUUAGUAGAAAGCCUCAUAUUAGUUGUUUCUGUCUAUAAAAUGCGAAACUUGUCGAUUGAGCUAUCCCGUAUGUAUGUUCAUGUACGGAUACUUUCGUAUUUACCCAAGAGACGUGGUGAUUGUAUCAUUGUUUGCUAUUUUUAAUGAGAAGCGAAGAAACAAAGCAGAGAAGAACAAAGUUUCUGUCUUGCGAUACAGUGACAACGUCUCUCAGGGGCUGACGAAGAGGAAGUAUCAAAGGCGAAUAAGCAGACGGGAGAAGGAGAGAGAAUUUACCAUGUAAAACUCGUGACAUAGAUAAUCGAAGUAGCUUCCAAACGUAGGAGAGAACGAAAGGAGAUGUAAAAAAAAGGAGAAAGAAAUUUACUUUGUUCUUCCACCACCUAAAAUACGCUAUCACAACGACUAUGUCGAUUUUUGUUUCUUUAUUCUUUUCUUUCUCUUCCUUUCCCUCAUCUUGUUUUACUAAAGUAAUUCGACCCUGCACCUAGCGCGGCCCUCGUCGAAUCUAAAUUUAAUUUCAUUCCAAAGGCAACAACCGAUUGUCCCACUGAGUACCUUGAAUCUUGUUAACAGGCGACUGAGAAGGCGUUAUGCUGUUCAAGAAGAAUGAAUGUCCCGUGUCAGUUUUAUUUUUUCGUUUUUUUAAUUGGCCGAGCUUAAUUGUCCUUUACUUUGUAUGAUAUUGCCUUUUCCGCGUAUAAGUUAUUAAUUUUUUUCCCUUUGUUAAUCCCAAACCGCCCAAGACGGCAUCCAAACGAAAUUAACUUUAUACUAGCCCACUCGUCUUCUGUCCCUUUUACAGAGAAGCGCAACCAACCCACCCACACAUCCCUUUCCCUUCUCCAGAUCGAAUCACAAUUGUUUUGUAUAUUUAUAUAUCGUGGGUUAUUAAUCUGUUAUUAUAAUUCUAUACUGUUAAAACGCGUGAAGCGCGUCUCUUCUUCAUUCGGAGCAUCCGUCGUCGGACACUUGACAUAAUAGCGACAAGAUCCUUCUCGUCUGAACCUCCCUUACUCGUCAUCCCUUAAGAACCAUUUAUACCGCGAGAGCACUUGAUCUGUUUUUCUGUACAUAAAUAUUAAAAAGCUUCCACGAGAAUAUACUUUUUGCUCCAUGUGAAUUGGAAACGCGCCUCUCGUUCACCCAACGAGGUUUUCUUCGUCUGUUUGUAGAUUUUGGAUUUCUUCGUAUUUUUUAGCUCUGUAUCUUUAGGUCUGGAAGUAUAAGACCUUUCUUUUCCGUAGACUUUAUCAGCUACGGUAACCAUUGUUAUACCGUAUUGAAUCAUUGUCAGUGUCGACUGCACCAGGAGCGAUUAUGAAAAGGGAAACGAGAGAGAAUUAUAAUAAAAAAUUGUGCUCUUGUA